CGCGACUUUUGGACCUGACGCGUUUUGUUAGAUGAUUUCCCUUUUUCAACAUCUAACAUCACAACUUUUUGCCUUCGACAAAAGACGCGAUAUAACAAGGCGCAAUUCUACCCAGCAUGUCGGUCGCUUCAGCACAACAGGCUGUCACCCAAGGCGCUUUAGAUGCCAUCUUCAACGAUCCUAAUCACGUCGAUCAGCGAUUUCCAGUUCCGGUCUUACAAUGCCUGCAGAUCAAACCUCUUGCUGCGCAGCAAAAUGCCGCCGGUCAACAGCCUGAACGUUAUCGGAUCGUCUUAAGUGAUAUACGCAACUAUGUUCAAUGCAUGUUGGCGACUCAAGCAAACCACGUCAUUCAUGAUGGCUCCCUUGUUCGGGGAGCUCUCGUUCGAGUCAAAUCAUACCAAGCAAACAUGGUCAAAGGGAAGAACAUCUUAAUCAUCCUCGACCUUGACGUUGCUUCGGAAUUAGGUGUCCAUGACCGAAUCGGCGAGCCUCAAGCCUUCGAAGCUAAAUCGGAGUCCGCAAACACUGCUAUUGGUGGCACGAACUUCUACGGCGCGAAGACGGAAUCUUCAGCGCCGGUCAAAUCCGAACCGAUGUCGUCGCGCAUGGGUGGAGGUGGUAGCACUGCAGCCCAUGGCAACGGGAACAUCGUCAUUUACCCAAUUGAGGCACUCUCUCCGUAUGCGCACAAAUGGACUAUCAAGGCACGCGUGUCGCAAAAAUCCGACAUCAAGACUUGGCACAAGGCAUCUGGAGAGGGCAAAUUAUUCUCUGUCAACCUUCUUGAUGAGAGUGGCGAGAUCAAGGCGACAGGUUUUAACGAGCAGUGCGACCAGUACUACGACUUGUUACAAGAGGGUCAAGUCUACUAUAUCAGCAACCCGUGUCGUGUUUCUCUCGCGAAAAAGCAGUUCACCAACUUGCCAAAUGACUACGAACUCACAUUCGAGCGGGAUACCGUCAUCGAGAAGGCCGAAGAUCAAUCCAGCGUGCCCCAAGUUCGCUUCAAUUUUGUCAAUAUCCAGGAACUUCAGUCCGUAGAGAAAGAUGCCACUGUCGACCUCGUCGGUGUUCUGAAAGAAGUUAACGAAGUCUCUCAGAUCAUUGCGAAGAGCAGUGGCAAACCGUUCGAUAAACGCGAGCUAACCGUAGUAGACGAUUCACAAUUCUCCGUCCGCGUCACAAUAUGGGGCAAGACAGCCACCUCCUUUAGCACGCAGCCCGAGUCAAUUAUUGCCUUCAAAGGCCUGAAAGUCUCGGACUUUGGUGGGCGAUCGCUAUCGUUGCUCAACUCUGGCACCAUGUCCGUUGAUCCUGACAUCGAAGAAGCCCAUCGCCUGAAGGGCUGGUACGACUCUCAAGGCCGUACCGGCAACUUCGCUACCCACAACACCAUGGCGUCGAUGGGCUCCGCAACAGGCCGUGUAGAUCAGACGAAGGUCAUCUCCCAGGUGAAGGACGAAAAUCUUGGAAUGGAGAACACGGACUACUUCAAUCUGAAGGCCACAAUUGUGUAUAUCAAGCAAGACAACUUCGCCUACCCUGCGUGUAGCAGCGAGAAUUGCAACAAGAAGGUGGUCGACCAAGGUGAUGGCACGUGGCGGUGCGAGAAAUGCAAUAUAGUGCACGCGCGACCGCAGUACAGAUACAUCAUGAGCGUCAACGUCAACGACCAUACUGGCCAACUGUGGCUGUCAUGCUUCGACGACGUUGGACGUGUCAUCAUGGGUAUGAGUGCCGACGAGCUGAUGGAAAUCAAGGAGAAUGACGAGGACCGAUUCCCCGCCAUAUUCGAGGCCGCCAACUGCACCAAAUUGUAUUUCAGAUGCCGUGCUAAGAUGGACAUGUACGGCGAAAAUCAACGAGUACGCUACCAGGUAAUGAGCGCCAACCAGCUAGACUUCCGAGCCGAGGCUGCGAAACUGUCCGAUAUGAUCAAGCAACUCUCUGUUGGUUCGUGAUCGUAGUCACAGGCACUAUUUCGGAGUUCAACUCGAUCGCAACCUCUCCUCGAGUUGCUAUCAUUCCGUGAUAGCGGUAGCUUGCGGCGUAUGAAAU